UUGCCCGGCAAGUUGCCCAAGACUUGGGAAUAUAGCUAUUUUGAUAAGGAUAUUCUUACCGAGGUGGCACGCGCCGCUAACACAACCGCCAAACAGAUCAGCCACUAUGACGAGAAAUGCGAGAAUGGGCUGAAGGGCUUCCUCAAGAAACUCUUUGUCCCGGAGUUCUCACGAUACCUUGAUUUUCCUUACUACUACUACCCAUCCGAAUUUCUGAUGGAUAGCUAUCCUGUUGAGAGGGAUACAGCCUUUGAGGAAGAUCUGAUUCCGACCGAGACGGAGGUAUUGGGAUUCUUCCAGCAUGUCAUCGAAAAGCUGUGGAAACUGGACAAUGUUAUCAUUGUCGGACGUGGCGGCCAGAUGAUUCUCGCUGAUAGACCAAAUACACUUCACGUGCGCUUCGUUGCACCUGUUGCAGACCGUAUUGAACGGGUCAUGGAUGAACAAGGGAUUGUUUAUCCCUUAGCUGAGAGAGAGAUUGAAGCUGUCGAUAAACAACACGCUCAAUAUAUCAGACAUUGCUAUGAUGCCGAUUGGGCGGAGGUAAAGCACUAUGACCUCGUAUUAAAUACCGGAUCAAUGAGCGACGAACAGGCGGCAAAAAUCAUCAUCGCCGCUAUCCGUAGUCAGGAAGCUGAAGCGCAAAGUGGUAAAGGCGUGGAGACAUGGAAGGAGACGAAUCCAAGCGCACUUCCCUCUUUUAUCUCCCACACUCCCCCGAGCAUACUCCGGGAUCAUCCAAGACAUUGGGGUUAA